AUGGAACUGCUGGAGGCAUUGACGCUGAUUGAGGAUGACCUCACCUUGUGCGCAUGCAUUCUGCUCGAAACUCUAGUGGUCCUGAAGUUCUUUGUGCUUCUCCUUCAGUACCUAUACCGCAGCCCACCGGGAGGGCAAAGACAUCCAAUACUGCGAGAGCUGUCAUGCGCUUGCGAAUGGGUAAAAGCUGGCUUGGGAAACUUGACUGGCCCGACCAGCAAGCCUGUAGCGGAAGCUUGGGACUCGCUACAAAGAAGGGUGCUCCUGUACUUCGGCAGAACCAUGUUUGUUUUUGCCUCUUACCGCAUCGUUGCGGUGCAAGUGUGGUAUGUUCAGGGCAGGAGCCGUGACGAUCCAUCUAUCGAUUUGCCACUGCUGGGUGCCUUUGCGGUGAUGCUGAUGGUCUCGACCUUCCCAUGUUUUCGAACACGGAUGGCAAUGGACCUAGUGUUCUGGCUGCUGCAGUUCCUGAGCUUCAUCUCGAUGCUGCUGGCUCGGACGGAUCACAUGUUCCAAGUCUUGUUGUUGACUGUGAUCAUUCGCACUGUUUCAUCCUUGUGGGUCCGAUCUGGGCGGUGGGCUCUCAUCGCACACUUGCCGAAUUCCGUCUACGUUCUUUAUGCAGUGCCGAUGCCACGCUCCACCUCCUUGGCUGCAAGCCUUGGCCUCGCCCUGGCGAUCAUCACCGUGCGCCAAUUCAUGUACCAGACGGUGGAACUGUGCGUAGCUCUCAAGACGAAGACGAUCAAGCUCGACGCUGUUUCCGCUCUUAUGACAGGCUUCUGCGAUUGCGUUGUGCAUCUAGAUCGCGACCUCAAGCUACUGGAGGACUCUCCGCGGAUCGCCGCGCUGCUCCUCUGCGGCGCAUCCCACGGCACCACCUGCACUCGUGGAGCCAGCUUUUUGGAGUUGGUUUGCGAGGACGACCGAGGCCGCGUUCAAAGCGUGUUUGACGACUCCUUCGCUGCCAUGCCUGUGACACAUUCCUUGGCCCUCAACGUGCGCCUGGUGGAUUCGGACGGCAAUCAGGUCAAGGUGGAAAUGAUGCACAUGCCGUUCUUUGACGAGCACGGAGAGCCUUGCCACUUGCUUGGGGUAAGGGAAUCCGACGAUGUCACUACUGCGGCGACACUGGCACCGCUACAUCGCGACACGGUGUCGGCAACAUUAGUCAAUUUCGGAGGUGCGACAGAGAAAGCUUACGUCGUUUUUGAUGCCAUGUCUUUUGACAUCCUUCUCGCGAGCAGUGACUUCGAAGCCCUGUUUGCGAAAUGCACCGGACACGCAGCAAAUCUUGAGGAUAUGAGUGUUCAUGACUUAUCCGCAGAUGUUGGAAAUUCGUCCCUUAGUCGGAAGAUUCAGAUUGCCGUAAACUCGUUCCACAACAACAGCACGUACUCCUCGAAGAGCCUGGAUUUGGGCAGCUUCCGCUUCUUUGGCGCGUGCAAGAUGAAGGUGCAAGUGGAUCUGCAGCACGAUGCGGCAUUGGCCACGCUUGUUGGGACGCUCCACGUCACGCCAACAAAUCCCGGGUUGCUGCUUCAACCCGAGGUGCAUGUGGGGCGCCGCAAGAAGGCUCGCAAGCAUUUGGCUAGUCUGCUGCUCAGCGGUUGCCGCGUGACUGGUGGAAGCUCUGCACUCCAAUCGCUAAAGUCAACACCGCAAGCCCCAGAUUGA